GCACAUCCACCGCACACCAAGACAUCAACAAAAUCAAGGACAACAUUUUCGGCCAACCACGCCCAAGGAAGGGCCCAGGGGGCCAGGAUCUAUUCCCACUCCACACACGAGAGGGGAGACAUAAUGCAUGACAACCAAGCAUACGUGCCCUCAACCGAAUGGCUUGAGGCGCAACUUGCGUUCAAAGUUUCGAUGGUUCGCGGGAUUCUGCAAUUCACACCACGUUUCGCAUUUCGCUACGUUCUUCAUCGAUGCAAGAGCCGAGAUAUCCAUUGCCGAGAGUCAUUUUUAUUAAAAGGAUGCAAAGCUCACAGGCAGCAUAACUAAGCUCUGCGAGGUUGCACACUCAUUAUUAUAUUCCUUGGCGCUGCUGCGCCGGUGUUUUUGUUCGUCGUGGGCAAAUCAGAAAGAUGGCACCCCGACAUUCGAAUCAAUAAUUGGUACAGGUUAGCAAGUCAUUCUACCGCGAGGCUUCUCUGAGUUGCUUCUGCUCCCAUGGGUUCUGGCAAAGCCCAGAGUGUUAAGAAGACUAAGAAGAAGCUCCCUAGGAGCCCAAAGAAGAAAACGACUGGAGAUGAUGUUAUGGAGACUCCUAGUCUGAAUACGGAUAUUGCCAUGGAGCUACCUGAGAAGGAGAAGGCUCCAACUGCGUCUUCAACAUCUGAGACAUCCCCUCCACAUGCUGAAGACGUCCCUGAUAUAGGUCCUCAGGUGGGGAUAACCUCUGCGCAAGAGACCCCCCAGGUGUUUGACAAAAUGCCUGAACCAGACUUGGUUGCUGCCAAACCUGUUACGUUUGCUGACCUCUUCAAGGGCAAUAGGGAUCCUGACAAAGGUAUGAUUCUGAAACAAUAUGAUGUUGGUGAAGGUGUUCUCCAUAUCCCGGAUUCUAUUAUUAAACCUGUUGAAGAGCUGUGGGGUUUUUGCCUUGUGGGCUGCUUUACUGGACGCUUCUUUGGCCUCAAGGCAGUGGAUGCUAUUGUCAAAAGCUGGAAUGUACCUUUUAGAAUCAUUCCCCAUUGUAAGGGUUGGGUUAUCCUGAAGUUUGAGAAUGAUACUGAUAGAAUGGAUGUGCUGGGUAGGGAAAGGGAUAAAGCUUAUGGGAAGGAGCUUAGACUCAAGAUCCCUUCUCAUGGUUUCAUGUUUGAUUUUGCUGAAUUCACCACUCUACCUGUCUGGGUUCAGCUACACAAUGUACCAUUGCAGCUUUGGUCUGAGGAAGGAAUUGGAAUGCUGGCCUCAAAAGUGGGGAAGCCUCUGAGAACUGACCUGGUUACAAAGCAGCAAGGUAAGGGUGGUUUUUGUAGAGUGCUUGUUGAGGUUGACUUCUCAAAACAGCCUGUGACCCACUUUGAGGUAGCUUGUAUGGGUAAGACUUACACACAACUUGUGGUGUUCGAGGAAGACCCUAAAUACUGCUUUCAUUGCAAAACCUGGAAUCAUUGCCCCUUCUACUGCAAAGAACUGGGUAAGAAUAAGGAGAUGGCAGGUUUGGAGACUACACAUAAGGUGGAUUUGGAUAAGCCAAAGGAGACUAAAAAGCCCCAUGGGAAGGCUGGAGCUAAGGACAGUGUACCUCCUGGUGAAAAUCCACAUGUUGAACCUGUAGGGGGUUUGAUUCCUUCUUCUUCCAACAACAAGGAGAAGGCUAUAGAACCCAUUUCCAAAACUGGAGGCCUGGCUGUUGACAACAUGGCUGGUAAGGAUGUUGUUUUGCUUAAGAAGAAGAGGAUUGAAGUUGGAGACAUGGUUGGGAAGAGACCAGAGAAGAAGAAAGGUGUCCAAUGCCUUACAACACAAAAGGAGUUUGUCCUAUCCUUCAUUUAUGGCCUGUACACUGUUACCAAGAGAAGGGAGCUGUGGCAUGACUUGUCUUCCUUAGCACAGUAUAUUACCAUACCCUGGGCUUUGCUUGGGGAUUUUAACUGUGUUUUGGCUAGCAAUGAGAGGGUGAACUGUAUGAGCCAGGGAGCAUACUAUAUGACUGAUCUACAAGCCUUCAAGUCUUCUAACUGCUUAGAAGAUGUUCCUUCUACUGGAAAUUUCUUCACUUGGCAUAAAGGGAACAAGCUUGCUAAACUGGAUAGAGUCCUUGCUAACCAACCUGGGGAGACUUUGUGUGGUGCACCCCUUGGCAACAGGUCCAGGCCUUUCAGAUUCUUCAAUAUGUGGCUAAAGCAUGAGAACUUUAAUGGUUUGGUCUCCCAGUUUUGGGAGGCAGGUGUGGUUGGCUCUAAGCAAUUCUCCUUAUGUUCCAAGCUUAAACGCCUGAAACCUCCCUUAAAAUCCCUUAAUAAGCAGGCUUUUGGUCAUAUCUCUAGAAGAGCUAUGGAAGCUAAAGAGGAGUAUGGAUUAGUGAUGAAGCAGGUGGUCCUGGAUCCUAAUAAUCAAACCCUUCUUGAUGAUGCUGAUAUUAAAAGGAAGAGAGCUAACUUCCUCCUUGAUGCUGAAUUGGCCUUCUUUCAACAGAAAGCCAAAUGUGACUUCCUUAUGAAUUCUGAUAGAUGCACUACUUACUUCCACUCCAUUGUUAAGAAGAACAGAACGAAAAACACUGUUGGGUUCUUGGUUAGAGAGGAUGGAUCUAAAACUACUUCUAAGAAUGAGGUGGCUAGUAUCUUUGUGGACUACUUCACUACUUUGUUUGGUACUACUUCUUCAGUGGAACCCAUUGACCUAGAGAGUUUGACUGCUGGAACCAGAGUGCCUUCUUCUGCACAGUCCACUCUCCUUGCUUCUGUUACACCUGAGGAGGUGAGGGAGGCAGUUUUUGACAUUGGAAAUGACAAGGCCCCAGGCCCUGAUGGCUACACUGCAGCUUUCUUUAAGGAUCAGUGGGCUACUGUGGGGGCCUUUGUCCCUGGGAGAUCUCUUGUGGACAAUUUCCUCCUAGCUCAACACCUUAUCAGGGAUUAUGCUGUCAAGAGGUCUACACCUAGCUGCUUGAUUAAAUUGGACAUCACCAAGGCCUAUGAUACUGUCUCUUGGAGCUUUUUGCAAGGUGUGAUGCAUGGUUUGGGCUUUCCCCCCAGAUUUGUCUCUCUUAUCAUGGAAUGUGUUUCCUCUGCUUCUUCAUCUAUUAUGGUUAAUGGAGACAGUCAUGCCUUCUUUGCUAGUCAGCGUGGGCUUAGACAAGGGGAUCCAAUGGCCCCUACCCUCUUCCUCUUUUGUAUUGAGUACUUCUCUAGGUUACUCAACAAAAGGGCUAAAGUAGGUGGCUUUAACUAUCACAAGGAUUGUGCAGCACUUGGGAUUACGCACUUGGCCUUUGCUGAUGAUCUUAUGUUGUUCUCUAGAGGGGAUUCCCUUUCUGUGCAGGUUUUAAUGGAUGCUUUGGACCAUUUUUCAAGGGUGUCUGGCCUAACCCUUAAUCCUACUAAAUCCAACAUCUUCCUUGCUGGUAAAUACAGGGAUGCUAGCCAAAAUAUUCUGGAUCUUGCCUCCUUUCCUCGUGGUCAGCUUCCUGUUAGAUAUCUGGGUCUCCCUUUGGCCUCUCAAAGGAUCUCUGAGAGUGAUUUUGCCCCUUUGUUCAAAACUGUUGAUGGUUUUCUGUCUAAAUGGAGCACUUUGAAGUUAUCCUAUGCUGGCAGACUGGAACUGAUUAGAGCAGUGGUACAGGGAGUCCAAUCCUUUUGGCUCCAGGCCUUUCCUGUCCAGAAAUAUGUGCUUGACCGUAUCACCUCCAUGUGUAGAGACUUCCUUUGGGGCAGCAAACUUGCCAAGGUUGCAUGGGUUGAUAUUUGCCAGCCAAGGGAGGAAGGUGGUUUGGGUCUGAAAGACGUCAAUACCUGGAAUAAUGCUUUGUUGUGCAAACUUCUGUGGAACUUGGCAGCUAAGAAAGACACCCUUUGGGUCAAAUGGGUUCACAAUGUUUACAUUCAGGGUGAGAACCUGUGGCAGUGGCAGCCCAAGAAGAGACACUCUGUCUUCUUCAAAAGGCUGGCUUAUGUACAUGACCUUUUGGUUCAAAAGCUUGGUGAUCUUCAUCCUUCUAUGGAAGAGGCUAUGAAACCUUUUUGCUCGGCAGGUAACCUUAUUCCAAGAAAGGUUUAUGAUUUGUUUAGGGCUAAAGCAAACCCAAAGCCUUGGAUGGCUUUCAUUUGGCAAAACUAUAUUCCUCCUAAGUGCUCCUUUACGUUGUGGCUGGCACUUAGGAGGAGGCUGCCCACCAAAACUAACUUGGAAUUCCUCGGUUUGCCUAUGGACUGCACCUUCUGUGGACAUGGGUUGGAAGAUGUGGACCACCUGUUCUUUAGCUGCCAGUUCUCUAAAGAAGUUUGGGACAAUAUCAAGACUUGGCUAGAGGAGAGGUCUCGAGUUCGAGUCCCACUCUGCGCCAGUGGAACUAUGCCUCCCCAAAAAACCCUUCAAGUGUUUGAUCUUCUACACUCCAAGGCGAGCUUAUCCAUCCUGAAUUCCAGCGGCGUUGUUCAAGUUUUGGGUGACAACGAACUACCUAGGAUGGCGAAGGGCAAGAAGAAGGACCGUAGACCUCCACCUCCCACUCCUCCAAACAAGAAAGAGUUGCGUAACUUUCUUCGUGAUAUGGAGGGUGUGUGUGGGGCUGGAGGGGAGACUGUGGAGUGUUCUGAUACUGUGGUUAACUAUCCGGUCAUGACUGAGGAGGAUUUCCUUCCUUGCACUAAAUCUUGUGAGGUCAUGGUUGAAGAUGAUGAUGGAUCUGAAUCCCAAAGCCCUUCUCUUGACGAGGAGAGGAUUGAGCAAGACUUGCUGAAGGAUAAGAGUGAUGGCAACAAGGGAGACACUCCAGUAGCUAUUCCAGUAGCUAAUGCUGAAGCUCCUGAACAUGCUGAAUCUUUUGAGAAGGAUAACUGUGAGAAGGAAGACAAUGGGAAAAACAGUGGAAAUGAGAUUGGGAAGACUGAUGGCAAUACCUCUGGUAAUAAAGCUGAUAUACCUAAAGAGAAAAAGACCUUUGCAUCAUUGUUUGAGAAAAACAGAUCAGAGGAUAAAGGAAUGAAGCUUCAUCAGGUGGACAUGGAUGAAGAUGAGGAGGUCUUUGUUCAGCCUGAAGAUGUUACACCAAUGGAGGAGCUUUGGGGACCAUGCCUGGUUGGGUGUUUCACUGGCAGAUUCCCUAGCCUUGCCCCCAUUCAAUCCUUGGUGGAAUCAUGGAAAGUGCCCUGCCAGUUCUUGCCCCACCAUAAGGGCUGGGUCAACUUUGUGGGAGGCAGCUAUAUGCAACAUGUGGAAUAUGAAGACCUGCCUCUUUACUGCUAUCACUGUGAGAAGUUUGGACACACACCCUUUGACUGCCUUAAUCUCCAUGAGAUUCAGAGAAAGGAAACUACUGCAGAACAAAUAGCUUUGGACAAGGCUAGAGUUGAGGUUUUGAAAACUUCCCUCUUGGUUGACAACGACAGGGAGAAGGAGAAGGCCAAACAGAAUCAAAAAGGUAAACAGGUUUUAGAAGGAACUAAUGGUGGUGAGAAACCUGCUGACCCCAAUGAACCCUCACCCUCCUUCUCCAAAAAGGAUGAUCAUGAUGGCUUCACACUUGUGGGAAAAGGAAGGGGAUCCCUCACUACACAUCCUCUUAAGGAAGCAAACUUCAACAAUGGCAACAAACAACCACAGCUCAGAAGGGAAACUAGAAGUAGUGGACGUGGACACAACCAUGGUAACAGGGGGGGUACAUACAGAGAAGCCAAGUUUAAGCUCUUUCUCCAUAACAAACUCCCUUCCUGGUCUUCAACUGAUAAUUUUGCUAUGAUUGAUGAUGGGAGAAUGGCUGUUAUAUGGAACCCACUUUUUGUUACUUGUACGGUGCUGCAUGUUGGUGAUCAAUUCAUCCAUUGCAGAAUUUUGUGUAAUGUUUCCCAGAAAUGCUUCCACAUUACAUUUGUUUUUGCUCUAUACAAUGUAACUGUUAGAAGACAACUAUGGGAAACAAUUUCUGAUUUUGCUGUGAAUAUCAAGACCUCCUGGGCCAUUAUGGGGGAUUUUAACUCAGUUCUGAACUCCAGUGAGAGAUUAAACUACCACACCUAUGCCUAUGAUAUGACUGAUCUGCUGCAAUUUAGGCUCAAUAAUGAUUUGAUUGAUGCCAAGGCCACUGGUACUCACUUCACUUGGAACAGAGGGAACAAAUGGGCCAAAUUUGAUAGGGUGAUGGUGAACUGUGAAUGGGAUGCUCUACACUGGGAUUGUUGGGCUGAAUUUAAGCCCAUGGAGUUCCAAUCUGACCACUGUCCUGUUCUACUUCACCUCAUCCAAUCAUCCACCAAAGGCCCUAAACCCUUCAAAUUCUUCAACAUGUGGCUUAAACAUGACUCUUUUGAUAAUACUUUGAAGCAUGUAUGGGACAUGAGGAUUAAUGGAACUAGACAAUUUAGACUAUGCAGAAAAUUGAAGAUGCUGAAGCAUCCUCUCAAACAGUUGAACAACAAGGAUUUUGCACAUAUCUCUUCCAGGGCUGAGGAGGCUAGAAAGUGCUACACUGACCUCAUGGUUAAGCUGUACAAGGACCCUGAUAACUUGGAGUUACUCCAGCUUGUUGCCAAUACCAGGAAGAAAGCCUCUUUCUACUCUGAUGCAGAAAGAUCCUUUUUCCAACAAAAGGUGAAGUGUAACUUUAUUAAUGAAGGGGACAAAUGCACAAAAUUCUUCCAUGCAAUGGUAAAGAAACAAAGUGUGUUGAAUGCCAUCCCUGUUUUGAUUACAUCCCAAGGAACCACUACUACUUCUCUGGAGGCUAUUGUUGAGGAAUUCAUUGGCUACUAUAAUCAGAUUUUUGGUAAUACAGUCCCUACUACCCCGGUGGAUUGGAAUGUCUUUAGAGCGGGGCCCAUCAUCCAAUACCAGGAUGUCAUUGACUUGAGAGCUUCUGAAAGAGACUUUGCCCCACUUGUGAAUAAGGUGGAUGAACAUAUCAGAAAAUGGAACACCAAAACCCUGUCUGCUGCAGGAAGAUUGGAACUCAUCAGAUCUGUUAUCCAAGGUAUUGAAGGAUUCUGGUUCCAAGCUUUCCCUAUUCAUAAAUCUGUCUUGGAUAGAAUAACCUCCCUUUGUAGAACUUUCCUUUGGGGGAGUAAGUUCUGUAAGGUUGCUUGGGAGGAUAUCUGCAAGCCCAAGGAUGAAGGGGGGCUUGGUUUGAAUCAGCCCUUAAUCUGGAAUCAGGCACUUUUGAGCAAGAACCUCUGGAAUAUUGCCUCUAACAAGGAAACCCUGUGGGUGCAGUGGGUUCACUCUGUUUAUCUUGAUGGCAAUGACUUUUGGACUUGGAGUCCUGGGAAGAAGGACUCCCACUUUUUCAAGAAGCUGACUGAAAUCAGAGACAUGCUAGUACUCAAGUCUGAGAACAGAUGGGAACUUGAAAAUCAACUCUAUAAUCUGGGUGAAAUAUCUGCUACCAAAGUUUAUGAUAUACUUAGAACCAGGGGUGAAAUGAGACCCUGGAUGAAGGCUAUUUGGAAAUCCUAUAUCCCACCCAGAUAUUCAUUCUGUGCUUGGUUGAUCUUCCGUAAGAGAAUUCCUACCAAAACCAGCCUUCACUUCAUUGAUAUGGAGAAUAGAUUAUGUGAGCUCUGCCACAAGGAGGAGGAAACUGGUCAGCACCUCCUUUUCAGCUGUGAAACCUCCACACUCAUAUGGAAUGCUAUCAGAUCAUGGCUUGAGAUUGGCCCUACCCUGCCUACCCUGGAUAGAGCCCUUACUUGGUUAAGGAGACUGAGGAGCAACCAUUGCUCUAGGAGGAAGAUGAUAAGGCUGGCUAUUCUUAGCACAGCCUACCACAUUUGGAGAUUGAGGAAUGGUGUGUACUUUGACAACCAGGCCAUUAAUAUUGAUGGAUUGGUUGGGUUUUCACUGUGGUUGGUUGCUGGACAUUUGAUUAACACUGGGGACCUUUGGGUAACUGGUGUUAUCCCUAUGCCCAGUUUCCUUGAGGCUGGAAACAUUUCAAAUGUUGAUGUGUCUUCCCUUUGGUGCUGGUUGGGUGGGUGGAACCCCACUGGUUAUGUGGACUGUACCUUGGAUGUUGAUGAUGGAUCACGUGUUCGUGAGAUUGAGUCCUUGGAGAGGGAGUAUAUGUGCUUGGCUUGUGAUGCCACCAACAUAUACUCCCUCCAUGCUCUGGUUUGGUCUACCAUACUACUGCCUGGUGUUGCGAGGAAAGAGCCCACACCCCCAACUCCACCGAAGAAGAAGCUUCCGGAGUUGAAGGUGGAUGACGAGGUAACUUGUGACACCUUGGAGUCUGAGAAUUCUUGUGAUGAAAAUGAAUCAGUGAAUGAUGAGCUUGAAUGUGAGAUGGAAAGUGAUAAAGAAUGUGAGGAUGAUGAUUCCUCUGAGAACAAAUCCGAAUCCCAAUCUGUGGACGAAGAAGCUGUAGAGAAGGUGCUGCGUGAGAAGCUAUUGGAACAAAGUAAAGACACCCCUAAGGUGUCUGAGAAAAUGCCUGAACCACCUCCCAAAAAGACGUAUGCUGAUCUACUCAAGAACAACAGGGGCGAGAAACAAGGGAUGCAGCUCUUCAAGGUAGACCUGCCUGAUACAGAGGAGGUCUUUAUACCCAAAGAAGCUAUCCUCCGAGUUGAAGACAUUUGGGGAUACUGCCUGAUAGGUUGUUUUGCUGGAAAAUUUCCUGGACUUAAGGCUAUUCAGAAGAUGGUGGAUGGCUGGGGAGUACCUUGUGAAAUCCUACCACACAAUAGAGGAUGGAUUGUGUUGAAAUUUUCGACAGAAGAACACAGACAAGUUGUUAUGACAAAGCCUGUGGAAGAAAUCACCAUUAACAGGAAGAAGCUGAUGUUUAAAAUCCCUGAAAAGGACUUUAUGUGGAAUUGUAAAUCUUUUGCCACUAUGCCUAUAUGGGUUAAGCUCCUGGAUGUUCCUAUGGGUUUCUGGACUCCCUUGGGCCUGUCUCUUAUUGCUUCCAAAUUAGGAACAC